AAAACAUCAAAAAUGCCCGCUCUAACAUUAUAUGACGACCGUUCGGGGAAUACUUACAUUCUAGAAGUAUCAGAGGAGGAAUUCACGAAAGCUAAUAAAGAUAUGUUAUUCGCAACGCGUCUUUUGCAAAAAAAAUUAGCUAGUCAACCUCAAACAGUUAACGAACCAGUUCAGACAGUUCAUGAACUAGAAGCUUCUACAUCUUCUUGUGAUGAUAAUAAUAUACAUACUUCUACUGACAAUAAAACCCAGCAACUCUCUGACGUUGAAGAAAAAGAUAGCUUUCGUUGGCCUCAUGAAGCAAUUCUGUUGCUUCUUACAAUUUAUAAAGAACAUGAAAAUAAAAUGACAUCUGGUAAAAUAUCAGUAAAAAAGUUUUGGAAUGUGGUUUCUUGUCAAUUAAUUGAUAAAGGCUAUCAUGUUACUAGUAUACAAUGCAAGAAUAAAAUGGCUGGAUUAAAGAACACAAGCGGUAAUAGCACUCGAACAUGGAAAUAUUUUAAUGUUAUGGAUGAAAUAUUCAACAAAAGGCCAUGGGUAACUCCAAUUUCAACAUUAGAUUCUGGGAAAAGGCGUUCUGCAUUAGAGAAAAUGUUUGAAGAAAAUACAAAUAUACGUAAAAAGAUGCAUGAAGAAGCUAUGGCACGACAAGACAAACUACUUGAUAUUUUAAGCAAAGUUCUUCAGAAAUAA